AUGACCAGUGGGUCAAAGGGAAUACCAAUGACCAGUGGGUCAGACGUAAUACCAGUGAUCAGUGGGCCAAAAGUAACACCAGUGACCAUUGGGCCAAAGGGAACACCAGUGACCAGUGGGCCUGAGGUCAAAGGGAACACCGAUAUCCAAUGGGCCAAUGGGAACACGGGUGACCAGUGGGUCAAAGAGAACUCUGAUGACCAGUGGGCCAAAGCGAACACCGUGGCCCAGUGGGCCAAUGGGCACACCGGCGAUGAGUGGGCCAAAGGGAACACCAGUGACCAAUGGGCCAUAGGGAACACCAGUGACCGGUGGGCCAAAGGGGACAUCGGUGACCAGUGGGCCAAAAGGAACACCAGUAACCAGUGGUCCAAUGGGAACACCGAUGACCAUGACCAGUGGCCCAAAGGGAACACCAGUGACCAAUCGGCCAAAGGAACACUGAUGACCAGUGGGUCAAAGGGAACACCGAUGUCCAGUGGGCCAAUGGGAACAACAGUGACCAGUGGGUCAAAGAGUACACCAGUGACCAAUGGGACAAAAGGAGCACUGGUGACCAGUGGGCCAAAGGGAACGGCAGUGACCAGUGGGCCAAUGGGAACACUAGUGACCAUUGGGUCAAAGGGAACACCAAUGACCAUUGGGUCAAAGGGAACACUGAUGACCAGUGGGUCAAAAUGGGCCAAAAGGAGCACUGGUGCCCAGUGGGCCAAAGGGAACACCAGUGACCAUUGGGCCAAAGGAACACCGAUGACCAGUGGGUCAAAGGGAAUACCAAUGACCAGUGGGUCAGACGUAAUACCAGUGAUCAGUGGGCCAAAAGUAACACCAGUGACCAUUGGGCCAAAGGGAACACCAGUGACCAGUGGGCCUGAGGUCAAAGGGAACACCGAUAUCCAAUGGGCCAAUGGGAACACGGGUGACCAGUGGGUCAAAGAGAACUCUGAUGACCAGUGGGCCAAAGCGAACACCGUGGCCCAGUGGGCCAAUGGGCACACCGGCGAUGAGUGGGCCAAAGGGAACACCAGUGACCAAUGGGCCAUAGGGAACACCAGUGACCGGUGGGCCAAAGGGGACAUCGGUGACCAGUGGGCCAAAAGGAACACCAGUAACCAGUGGUCCAAUGGGAACACCGAUGACCAUGACCAGUGGCCCAAAGGGAACACCAGUGACCAAUCGGCCAAAGGAACACUGAUGACCAGUGGGUCAAAGGGAACACCGAUGUCCAGUGGGCCAAUGGGAACAACAGUGACCAGUGGGUCAAAGAGUACACCAGUGACCAAUGGGACAAAAGGAGCACUGGUGACCAGUGGGCCAAAGGGAACGGCAGUGACCAGUGGGCCAAUGGGAACACUAGUGACCAUUGGGUCAAAGGGAACACCAAUGACCAUUGGGUCAAAGGGAACACUGAUGACCAGUGGGUCAAAAUGGGCCAAAAGGAGCACUGGUGCCCAGUGGGCCAAAGGGAACACCAGUGACCAUUGGGCCAAAGGAACACCGAUGACCAGUGGGUCAAAGGGAAUACCAAUGACCAGUGGGUCAGACGUAAUACCAGUGAUCAGUGGGCCAAAAGUAACACCAGUGACCAUUGGGCCAAAGGGAACACCAGUGACCAGUGGGCCUGAGGUCAAAGGGAACACCGAUAUCCAAUGGGCCAAUGGGAACACGGGUGACCAGUGGGUCAAAGAGAACUCUGAUGACCAGUGGGCCAAAGCGAACACCGUGGCCCAGUGGGCCAAUGGGCACACCGGCGAUGAGUGGGCCAGAGGGAGCACCGGGGACCAGUGGGCCAAAGGGAACACCAGUGACCAAUGGGCCAUAGGGAACACCAGUGACCGUGACCAGUGGUCCAAAGGGAACACCGACGACCAGUGGGUCAAAGGGAACACCGGUGACCAGUGGGUCAUAUGUAACACCGGUGACCAGUGGGCCAAAAGGAGCACUGGCGCCCAUUGGGCCAAAGGGAACACCAGUGACCAGUGGGCCAAAGGGAACCCCGAUGACCAAUGGGCCAAAGGGAACACCAGUGACCGAUGGGCCAAAGGGGACAUCGGUGACCUGUGGGUCAAAGAGAACUCCGAUGACCAUUGGGUCAAAGGGAACACCGAUAUCCAAUGGGCCAAUGGGAACACGGGUGACCAGUGGGUCAAAGAGAACUCUGAUGACCAGUGGGCCAAAGCGAACACCGUGGCCCAGUGGGCCAAUGGGCACACCGGCGAUGAGUGGGCCAGAGGGAGCACCGGGGACCAGUGGGCCAAAGGGAACACCAGUGACCAAUGGGCCAUAGGGAACACCAGUGACCGUGACCAGUGGUCCAAAGGGAACACCGACGACCAGUGGGUCAAAGGGAACACCGGUGACCAGUGGGUCAUAUGUAACACCGGUGACCAGUGGGCCAAAAGGAGCACUGGCGCCCAUUGGGCCAAAGGGAACACCAGUGACCAGUGGGCCAAAGGGAACCCCGAUGACCAAUGGGCCAAAGGGAACACCAGUGACCGAUGGGCCAAAGGGGACAUCGGUGACCUGUGGGUCAGAGAGAACUCCGAUGACCAUUGGGUCAAAGGGAACAGCGAUUACCAGUGGUGGUCCAAUGGGAAAACCAGUGACCAGUGGCCCAAAGGGAACACCAGUGACCAAUCGGCCAAAGGAACACUGAUGACCAGUGGGUCAAAGGGAACACCGAUGUCCAGUGGGCCAAUGGGAACACCAGUGACCAGUGGGUCAAAGAGUACACCAGUGACCAAUGGGACAAAAGGAGCACUGGUGACCAGUGGGCCAAAGGGAACGGCAGUGACCGGUGGGCCAAAGGGGACAUCGGUGACCAGUGGGCCAAAGGGAACACCGAUGACCAGUGGGUCAUAUGUAACACUGGUGACCAGUGGGCCAAAAGGAAACACCGAUGACCGGUGGGCCAAAGGGGACAUUGGUGACACUGGGCCAACGAGAACACCAGUGACCAGUUGGCCAUAG